AUGAAGCUCCUCAUCGCCCUCCUUCUCCUCCUCACAUCAACUCUCUCCCUGGCAUUCCCAACUCUACCACCAAUUCCCGACAUAUUUAACGGCACCUCCUCCCUUGCUCCCCGCAACAAGGACGGCGUGCACUGCUGUGACAACAACGGCCGCGGUUGGAAAUACGUCCCCGUCAAAAAAUUCGAACCCCUCAUCCACGAUCUCAAAGACUACUACUUCGGAAACGACCACAACAUCCAACUCACUCCCGGCCCCGCUGCUUGCAAAAGUCUCGAACCAUGUCGCGGUGGAGCUCAGAUUUUGAUUUGCAAUGAUCAACGGAACUGGAUCGCGCCAGAUCGUCUAUAUAUUGCUUCGUAUGCAGAGGACAUUAUCAGACAAUGCUCGGUCUAUAAGGAGGUUUCGCAUGCUAUUUUUGCGUGGCAGGUUUGUGGACAGGAGUUUGAUACUGAUCAGUAUAAUGUUAUUUUGAAGGGGUGUUAG